UAAAUGGCGAUUUCCCUGUGCCAUGGGGAGUUUAUGAAAUGUACCGGUCAAGUUUAACAAAAGCUGUAGGAUUUAUUUUAAAACCUGUAAGAUAUCGAUUAGCAAGACGAGUUAAUAUAUAGUGAUUUGUUAUUAUGGGUACCCCGGCUGGUAGACUGUAUCGUCGACUGGAGGGCUUGUUUGCGGUUUACAAACCACCUGGGGUUCAUUGGAAACUGGUCAGGGACACCGUAGAAACGAACCUCCUCAAAGGUAUAAAUUCUGCAGCCCCGCCAGCGCCACAGCUUCAGGUUCAGUUCCUCCCAGAAAGUACCGAAAGUUCUAGUGGGUCGACAGAACUGAAGCUGACAGCGACUUGCCUCCCUGCCUUGGCAGAACACCCACGAGUGACGGGACCACGUUUUCGGAAGCUGCGAGUGGGAGUAGGACAUCGCCUGGAUGCGUUCUCUUCGGGAUUAUUAGUGCUAGCUGUUGGGCAGGGGAACAAGUUGCUGACUGAUCUAUACAACUCACACGUGACAAGGGAUUACACAGUGGAAGGAGAGUUUGGAAUGGCCACUGAUGACUUCUCCAACACUGGACGGCUUAUUGAAAGAACCACAUAUGAUCACAUCACACAAGACAAACUGGAGAGAGUCCUGGCCAUGAUCCAGGGAGCUAAUCAGAAAGCCCUACUUGCGUAUUCCAACGUUGACAUGUCCUCUCAGGAGGCAUAUGAGCUGGCAGCUAAGGGGUCUUUGUACCCCCAGGGGAAAUCUCCACCUAUUGUGACUGGUCUGCGCUGUCUGCACUUUGAGCCACCCCACUUCAGCCUGGAGAUCCAGUGCCUGCACGAGACCCAGCGGUUCCUGUGCAGACUAGUCCACGAGGUGGGGCUGGAGCUGCGCAGCACGUCCGUCUGCACGGGGGUCCGACGAACCCGGGACGGGCCCUUCACUCUGCAGAUGGCCCUGACGCGGAACCACUGGACCCUCCUCGAUAUCGUGCAGGCCGUCCAGCAGUCGCGCUCUGCCUGGAGGCAGAGUACUUCCAGAGCCUUCCUGCCACAGGACACCAGGAGCAGGGGAGGGGAGCAGGAGAGGCAUGGCGUCGAUGAGGGAGCCAGAGUCGCCGUGUCAGACUGACUGUUGCACUCCCGCUCACCCCCCUCCUGUCUGCGUUCCAUCUGCCGUUCAGAAGUUUUACUGCUGGAAACCAGUCGCACCGAUUACUUCAACUCUCUUGAGGAAACCAGGGAUUGAGAAAGAGGACAGAGUGAUCCAGCACUCGGCAAAUGUAAAUUACACUUUUGUGCAAUAAGUGCAUUUGCCUCUAAUUCCCCUUUUAUAAAUUCAUACAUUCAUUCACUCUUGUGUAACCUGUUUCAAAUUAGCAUGGAAUCCAGGAGGGGUAACUCCAGAAAGGCACCUGCCAUUGUGAAAUAACCUUUUCAUUAAGUGGGGAUAUUCAGAAUGACUGCACUGAUUUUAUUUGUCAGUUUUCAUAAACCCCUCCAUCCAUUCUGAAAUUUACAGUACAACCUUUAUAUACGAGGUGCUUUGGUUUCACCAUAUUGGCACAAAUUAAAGAACCAUCUUGAUUAAAAGGUGACUCCAGUUACCCUUUUGAAAGAAGGCAAUUCAAAAAAUAGAGACAUGCACAUGCAUUAAACCACAAUGUGACUUAAACAGUCGAAGAGAAUUAAAUGUUUUUCUCAGUCACUGUAGAAGGUGUUAGUAGUCUGGUAUACUUAUAUACUUAAUUCAGUUCAAUUCAGAAAUUUAAUA